GAGCAGGCGUGCGGAGUUUGCCGGCGUCUUGACAGUGUGUGAGCAGCGGGAGAAAACGCAGCGGCAGACUACUUGGAGUAGGAACGCUCACCCGGAGGGGGAAUAUCCUCAAACCCUGCUGCUGGACGGAAGCAGCACGCACACACACACACACUCACACAACUACCAGACAGCUGUGUGCAUGCCACACCCCCCACUUUCGGUUUGUCUCCAGCGAUCUCCUCUCGCCGCCUCUCAGGUCUGAUGAGCAGCUCGCCCGCCGGCUCGCAGAUGCAGACUUCCACUCUCGGCCCUCAGUUCAUCGCGGCGCCCCAGGGCAAGGUGCCGGGCAGGAAGAGGGGACGGCCUCCCGUGCGCAAGCUGGAGCUCCAGGGUCACUAUGUCGGCCCGCUGUCACCGCUCAAAGUGCCAAAGAAGAGAGGCAGGAAGCCUGGCUUCAAGCUGAAGCCCAGGAUGUUGAUGUCCCCAUUAGCAAUCUCUCCCCCCGGCGGCACGCCGGAGCCCGAGAUGGGCUCCAUCCCACAGGACGCCGCCAUCGUGCCGCACUCCGCCACGCCACAGGUCCUAACAGCAGAGACACCGAUGCCGGGUGACUUCUCCUUCGAGCCGGCGUUGGACUCCAAGCGCUACGCCGUGGACCCCACUGACUCCGCCUUCAACCUCAUGACUUCGCAGUACCAGAACAAGUUCUCGUACCGGGGCAGCAGCUGCUCCGCUCGGCUCAUCAGGCAGGCGUCCAGCCCGGCCAGCUUUCAGGACGGAAACAGAACCGCUUACAGCCCAGACAGCGGCGAGAGCAAGCGCCCCGCUGGGAAGGACCCGUCCAGCUGGGGCGUAGAAGAUGUGGUGUGGUUCAUUAAAGACGCUGACCCUCAAGCUCUGGGACCCCAUGCUGAAACCUUCAGGAAGCAUGAAAUAGACGGCGACGCUUUGCUCCUGCUGAAGAGCGAGAUGAUGAUGAAGUAUCUGGGACUGAAGCUGGGCCCUGCGCUCAAACUCUGUUACCACAUCGACCGGCUCAGACAGAACCGGUUGUGAUGAGCUGCUGCGGUCAGGUGACCGAGCGGCGUGUCGCCUUGUUACUAAAACUGAACCGGUGCUGAAUCUCUCAAGCUUUCUGAACUGGCAGCAAUACGUCAAGAACAACCUCCGAGCCCGACUCUGUGCGUGGCGGCUUUUUCUGCAUCUGCAGUACGUUUAGCAAACUGAAGAUUGUUGCUGUACAUACACGGUUAUUUACCACUAAAGCUAUUAUUUAACUUCUCAUCCUUGUUUUCCAGAAGGCAUUACGUUGUAAAUAGUUUGAUUCCCGACUGAGGGCAGCUAGUGCAUAUUAAAAUAUGUACCUGUCAUGACUGUAUGACUGUCAACAUCACGUAUUUGUGUUGGUCGUAAUCACAGACACUCGCCGUGUAAUACCUCCACAAGCAGGGAUCAGAAGAAAUUGGUGCUUUGAAUCAGAAUCUUUUACAUUUUUUUUUUUUUAACAUUUUUGUACUUUUUUAUUCUCUGAGGACAUGACACAAUGCCAUGUGUCUCGAGCAGGCAUAAGGAAGUGUCAGCCUGCCAGUUUUAAUCCCCUCACUUUGAUUUUGAGCAGAUGCCAGGACCAAAUUUGAAUCGCGUUUAAUGAGUAAAUACUCUAAAGCUGCAGAAAAGCAAAUUUUUGCCCUCACAAUGAUUGUGUUUAUGUUUGACUGUGACCGGCAGGGUUUUCCAUUUCUGUUUUAUCUUGAAAUCUUAACCAAAACCACACUGUUACAGGGCAACUUUGUGAAAAGGUUUUCAAGCCUCCUUUUAAAUGUGCAUAAGCAGGCAAAGAACACAGUUCUCAAUAUAAAAGUGAGUUUUUGGGGGGGAAAUGUACAGUUUGUACCAUUCUUCAGGAUAUUAUAGUUUGAAGCAUUGUCAAUUCCACUUUAUAGCCUACUCUUUUUUUCAACUUUUAUUCCAUUAUCAUGAUCAAGUAGAUAAACGUGUUGAUCAGAUAACAGAAAGAAUAAGUUCAGAUGAAAUGGGAGUAAGAAGAUGCUUCAUCAAUCAGAAGCGCCAGUGAUUCCAUGGCACUCGUAAUAUCUGGAAGAAUAAAUUGCGACUUUGCAAAGUACUGGAUUCAUUUGAAACAAAAAAAUCAUGUUUUCAAUUGAGUUUAACACAAUUAGAAAUUCCAUUUGCAUUUUGUGAGAUUCUUUUUUUUACAGUUUAAAUGAGUCUUGUUUGAUUCUUGAGGCACUUUGAGCUCAGAUGUCAAGACUACACAGUUUUUCAUCUCAAGGUUUUAAAAACAUGAGAAAAAGAGCUUAAACGACUUAUGAAGCAUUAAUUACUUUUUUUUAACAACACUGCUUUUUUCUCAUUCCAAAGGAGACAGUGCAGCUGCCAAACACACUUUUGUUUCAUUGUAUAAACAACCUGUAAACAAUGUGACCAAAUUUGCCAUUUUGAAACUUUUUAAAGUGCUUUUCCAAGUAUCUGCUGUUCAUUUACUCUCUUGUGUUUGGUGUGUUUUCUUUACAUUUGUCAGAGGACCACAAACAGACUGAAAUAUGGCAUGCUCAUCUGUACAUGAGGUAGUUCUGUAUUACUUCACUGUUUCUAGACCCAUUAUUAAACAUUUUCAUUUC